CAACCAAAAAAGAAAAGAAAAAAGGAACCACACUCACAGCGGCGACGCCGCGGUCAUUCUCCCCUAAAAUAAAAGCUCCAAUCUCCACGACUGGCGUAUCCAAUUGUCAAGUGACACGUGGCAGAUAUGCCGCCGGAAGAAAGUGUUUCGAAGUCGUCAUCGCCACUAGACAAACCGCUCCACCAACUUACCGAUGACGACAUUGCUCAGCUCACUCGUGAAGAUUGCCGCCGUUACCUUAAAGAUAAAGGAAUGAGAAGGCCGUCAUGGAAUAAAUCACAAGCGAUUCAACAAGUGAUUUCACUGAAGGCACUACUUGAAACGGCGCCCGAUUUCGAUACCGGAAAGCAAAAAAUACUUCACAUUCCUCGGCCUGACACUAAUCUACAUCGAGUACAGAAAGGAACAGAUAACGAUGCAGAAUUUUCUGAAGAAACGGUGCCGUAUGGAAGAAAGCAUGUGGAAAAACCUGAUCUUUCCGGUGAUAAAGCUGCCGGUUCUGUUAACUUAGCUCUGUCUAGAACCACAGAUUCGGGAAAUGCACCAGCAGGUCAAUUGACAAUCUUCUAUUGUGGCAAGGUGAAUGUGUACGAUGAUGUGCCUGCUGAGAAGGCACAAGCAAUCAUGCAUCUUGCUGCAAGCCCACUCUUUGUGCCUUCAGAAACUCCAUUGGAUGCUACCGGAGCAGCUCGACAUUCCGAAUGCCAUUUGCAAGCUGCAAAUGUUAAACUGGGUCCAGAUUCUGCUAUGGUGAUCAUGCCAACCAUGCAAACAGGGAAAAUGAGUGAAGUGACUCGCCUGCGUUUGGAGGAAAGCAACACCUUCCAUGAAGACAACUCUGAAGCAGUGGAAGGCCACGCAAGCAGGAAAGCAUCAGUACAAAGAUACCUUGAGAAGCGGAAAGACAGGUUCAAGAGCAAGAGAAAGAUAGGAAUGUCUUCACCUGCUAGCUUGGACAUCUAUUUGAACCAUCGAACCGGAAAUCACACCCCAAAUGAGCUCUCAAGUAGAAGCAACACUUGUUCCCCGCCCACAAUUAGAUUGUCUGCUGCACCUGCUCCAAGUGGUUCGAUGGAUAACACUCUCCAACUGAAUGCCAACACUUCUGCUUUUCUCAACGACAAAGAUGGUAAAGAGUGAAAACUGGAUGGCGGGGAACACUCUUGCUUUCUAAAUGCUUCAGAAAGUCUGGGAGGUAACAUCCUGUUCCAGCCUCUGCAUAGUUGAAUGACGAGGAAACCGGUAGGUUGUUCCUUGUGCAUCUGUGUCCAAAAGCACCUUGUAUUUAGGCUAUUGUCAUUCCUCAGGUAAAUGAAGAGAAAACUAGUCAGGAAUAGUCCUCUUGUCAUGCGAUGUUUCUUGCUUUCAGAAGCUUUUCGAAAGCCAGUCCUCAAGGGUCCCACUUUAGUGUAGAAUUUAGGUAGUUGUAUUUUUUCCUUUAGCUGGAACUGGUUCUCAAAGAGCUGACGUGGAACCCUGUUGUAAUUAGUCUCGGCACUUUCCACUAUAACAAGACAGAUGAUUGACUGAACAGUGAGUACUUGGCUUACCAAGGCAGCAAAUUCUCGUUUUA